AAGAUUCGCACCCUGACUGUCACUUUCUUCAUCGCCGACUCCGUGCGCUCCGCCGCGGAGAUGGCCGCCGCCCUCCGCGCCGUCCUGGCCGUGGUGCUGCCUCUGCUCUCGGGCGCCAUCAUCGUCAAAGAGCUGCCCAACUCCACCGAUGCGAGGGCCGCGGAGCAGCCCCAGCAGAUGGCCCUGAUCCAGGAACACGCGGCCGUCGCCGCGCACAGCUCCGGGAUUCCGUUCAUCGGGACCUCGGUGCAGCUCUCGCUGACGCAGAUCAUCGAUCCGAUUAAGCAGAGCCUGCUGAGGCUCAAGGAGUGGAUCGUCACGCAGCUGGCGUCGCUGGACGCGGGCCUCACUAAGACCCAAGAGAUGCCCGAGAAGGCGCUCGAGGUGUUUGCGACAAAACUCAGCGCCCUUUUCGAGGCGAUUGACCUGCAGCUGCAGCCAGUCACCAGCAAGCUGUCGGCCGACAGCCCGGCCAUAGAUGGCCUGAGCAAGGUGCUCACGGCCACCGGCCAUCCGGGUGUCGCAGACAAGAUCACCGAGGUCAUGGACGCGAUGAGCAAGCAGGUUCAAGCGUACGAGAAGACCUUGAGCAGCAGCGCCGACGUCGCGGACGGCCUGAAGAACCUGACCAAGGACGACUGGCACAAGGCAGGCCCGAAGAUUGAGGAGCUGAAGAAGUACCUGGACACGGGUGCGUCCGCGAUCAAGUCCUUUGGGGACACGCUCCAGGCAAAGGUCGAGGAGGCGCUCACGGUGCUUGCCGGCAGCCUCGGCGUCGAGGCCUCCGUGUUCUCGCCGAUCUCGCAGGCCGCCGGCGACGGCUGGCACUACCUGGGAGACUCCUCGACGGCCCUGGCCGCUGGCAUCGUGUCCUCCUCGCAGAUGCUCCCCCCUGAGAUCAAGGAUCUGUGUGAUCGAAAUCGGAUGGGCACGAAGAUCGACAGCAUGUUCUGCUCAUUUUGAGCAGGACUCGCCUCGCUGUCGGUGUCGCCGCGGACGUUGUCCACCUGAGACAGAAGGCCGCCCGCACAACAUUUGUAGAACGUCUGUUGUUGGGUAUCGUGCCCAUUUUUCCUACCCGUUUCGGGCGUCCAAGAAGGAGCCGUGGGACGCCAACCGUCCCAGGAUCAGUGCAUGCGCCCUCCUGCCCAGGCUGGGAAUUGGGACACUUUCGCCAAUCCUCGCGACAAAGCCAGUUUUUUUUUGGGGGGGGAUCACCACAAACUGCGCAAGCAUCACUAGAAGAAAAGCUGUCUGCCUGAUGCGAUCCAGACUGGCUCCUCCUCCUCCUCCUCCUUUCCCUCCCUCCUCCUCCUUUCCCUCCCUCCUCCUCC